UUGCAGCAGCCCACCGCUACGUUAACCAUGAAUUUCGCUCUCGCUUGCCAAGUCUUCCUUGCUUCUUUUGCUUUGGUCUCUGCCCAUGACACCCGGGGACGAAGGCUACGUUUGCCGAAGCGAGUCAAGAUAACGAAGAUGGACUUGCCAGAAUUCAUGCCAACUGAGGAUUUGCCCGAAAUCACGCCAACCGAGUAUUUGCCCACCGAAUUUCCCUCACUCACUCCUGAUAGCGAGUCACUCGAGUUAGCAAGCGAGUCUACUUCCCUAGUCCCCAGCGAUGCCCCUUCAAUGGUCCCGUCGGAUGCCCCUUCAAUGGUUCCCUCGGAUGCACCUUCAAUGGUUCCCUCGGAUGCACCAUCCAUGAUCCCCUCAGACGCUCCUUCCAUGGUUCCAAGCCCUUCUCCGACCCCUUGGCCAGAUGUCAAGUGGGCGCCCACACUGAACGACAUUAACAGUCCUGGUGAGGCUCCUGAUUUUCUGUUUGGCUCUACUCUUUCCAUGUCCAAGGAUGGGUCUAUCGUCGCUGUCCUUACUGGAGGAUUCAAUGGAACCGUGAGUGUAUACGAGAUUAAUUCGGACGGCUGGGCCCAAAUCGGAGAGCCCAUUCCAGCUAUCAAUAACCAAGGUAUACAAUUGACGCCGGAUGGCACUGACUUACUUGUGCACGGUCUAGAUGCGCAAGUAUUUCAAUUUGUAGACAACGCGUGGAUUCAGGUUGGUGAAGACAUACCAUCGCAAUCAACUGACUCCAGCAGUUCUAUUUCCGACGAUGGACUGACAGUGGCUAUCGGCCUUCCUGGGGCCACCACUCUCUUUUCAUCGGUGGGCUCGGUUGAGGUUUAUUCGUUCGAUGGCUCCGCCUGGAACCUAAUACGCACAAUUGAUGGAGAUGAAAGCGACGAUCGAAACUUCGGGCGUCACUUGUCUCUUUCCGGCGACGGCAACACUCUCUCCGUUUCUGGUCGCGGAACGUCUUCCAUUGCCAAUGUGUACGUCAAAACUUACCAUAUUGCUGACACUGUCUAUCUGCUGGGCAGACAAGACGCUGCACCGAACAAUGGCAACUAUAUAGUUCCCUCGCUUUCCAGAGAUGGAAGCCGCUUGGCAAUUCUCGAUCCGGCAGGAAAGGUGCGGUCGUUCAAGUUUGAAGCAGCCGAGUGGAAAGAAGUGAGCAAUGGGUUGCCCGAGAGUUUUGAUCCAAGGGUCGUCCGUGGUUCCACGGAUGGUACCUCCCUGAUCAUGUGCAAUCCCAAUUUGGGAACCGUCAAGGUUUUCGCCCUGGAUGAAGAAACCUGGGUUGAACGAGGCGAAGACAUUGGUGAUGCCGAGAUAGUCCUGUUGGGACGCGACUGCGCACUUUCGGGAGACGGUUCCAUGGCCGUCGCUAGUGGAUGGAUUAUGAAAGGAACGGCGGAUGGUGUCAUUGGCUUUUGGCAAGCGGAGGUUGUGGCAGACGCAGAAUAGUGCACGUCGCCCAGAGUUGAUUCGGCAAAGGCAAUGACACGUUCCAAUCAUAGUUAGGUGCAUUUGCGCUACUCUUAGAGGUUACAGCGUCACGUAGUGAUGCAUUCUAUACAUUUCCUAUUACUCAAGAUUGAUUUGUGAC